AUGAAGAUGAGGUAUGGUUUGUACAUGAAUGUGAAGCUCAUUUUUUGAUAGUAGCUAUUUUUGACGAUGAGAAAAUUUAUAAAAAUCAAGUAAAAUGGUAUUUAGCCUUGUAUGGAAAAAAACAUGAGAAGAACAUUAAUUUGGAUUUUUACUAUGGCUAUGAAAAUUUCGAAAAAAAAAGUCUUUAUCAUCAUUUUCACCUGAUUGUGAGGAAAUUGAAAGAAAUAAUGAGGCAAAGAAAAAAAAAUAUUAUUAUAAAAAAAACCAACCGCUUGGCAGAGCCGAAGUAGAAUAAGUAAAAAGAAAGUACAACUGCUCGGUAGAGACAGGUUGAGACAGAGUGAACAUCUGGGCACCUUGGGACUUGGCCCAACCGUUGACUCCGCCCAUUGUUCGACGUUUCAUCUCACUUUUUGCACCUUUUGUUUGUCCCAAGGCUCUCACCUCGACGGCAAAACCUGAAGAUUCCUCUGAAGCGAUGAUUGCUGGAGGCAAGCGGCAGGAGAAUUCGCACUUUUGUAAUUGAUCCCUUUGUACUUCCGAUUGAUAGAGAGUACAAGGGAAUGAGAAAAACACAAAAAUCGCUGCUUUUGUAGAUUUUGAUUGACAGGAAACAAACGUGGGCAAUUACCGAACUCAAUUUGCUGAGGAACGUGGGCUAACAAAAAUGAAUACCAAGGUUCAACCGGUGGUAUGAAAAAAACGCCAGCGAAAAUUCAAACGGCGGCUUUUCCGAUUUUUUCGUUUCGCUAGGGAACUUUCCAACGGCCACCUUUCCGACGAAAUUAUUUCCGACUUUUUUUUCUCGAUAAAAUAUUCGUUUUAAAUCUUCCUAUAUGAAGUAGGUAGUUGGUUAAUGAUUAAAACACAAAAAAUGUUUAUUGAUGUUUUAAAAAAACUGAAAACUAUAAGGGAAAAAAAGUCGGAAAAAAAGUUUCGUCGGAAAGUUCCCUAGCGAUACGAAAAAAUCGGAAAAGUCGCCGUUUGAAUUUUCGUUGGUGUUUUUUUCAUACCACCGAAGAUCUGAGCCCCGGAGAAAAAAAAACAAUUAAAUUACAGUUGCGAGGUUGAAAAGAGUUACACGUCUUGAGUAGCUUGAAAUAAUAAAUUUGAAACUGUUUUUAGCUGAAUCUUCGAAAAUUUUUUGAAGAAUCAUCAAAAAUGUUGUGGAAUCUCUUCAGAAUUUCCUGUAAACUUUCGAUUUGCUUGAAAAAAUGAGCCGAUUAGGUAAAACCCUGGAUGUUUUCCAGAGAAAAAGCUCAAUUCUCAAGGAGUUAGCGAGAAAAUUCGUUUUUUCUAUUGCAUUUGCAAAAUUAAUGGCGGGUUGAUCGAAAAAAGUUGAAAUUGUUCAAAAAGGCAACAAAAUUGCUCCAAGUCUGAUACGGUUUCAGAGAAAAUUUAGGAUUUUGAUGAAUCCUUUUAUGCGUUUUGAAACAUUUUCUGUUUUUUGACUUUUUUUUUCUAUUCGUAAUUCCUCUUCAAAAUGGACUUUUUUGCACCUUCUCUGUAAUUUUGAAAGGACUUUUUUUAUGUCUUGAUGGCAAUUGAUUCAGAAAGAAAUAAAUACGUUUUGCAGCCGUCGAAGGGUUCCAGAUGAACUACGAGGUUGUCGCCUACGAAGAGGCCUACCUGGAACAGUUCAUCCAACACCCGAACCCGAUGAUCUCCCUCCAUCAGAUCCUCACCGAGCCGUCCACCAUCUACCACACGCCGUUGUUCGACCCGACCGACUUCUGGGGCGUCAACCUCGUGAGAGGGCUCAGCGAGGAGGCGAUCGCCCGUCGCCUCCAGAUCCUCUUCAACCAGCCGGGCCCCAGCUCCCGCAGCGAUUCCAUCGACGACGUCAUCCCUCUCGUCACGGACUACUCUAUUGGCAUCAUGACCGACGAGAUGCGCAGAAUUUGGGUCGAGUUCGGAUGCGAAAAGACGGCCGUCGUUGAAGAGGUGUGUCUCGGGAUGAAUGGCUUGAAAAUUGUACUAGAAUAAUUCAUUCAAAUGGUAGCUUCACCCCCACCUUUUUGAGCCAAUAAGAAGAGGAUGAUUGGCUUCAAAAUUUUCCUAAAAUGGUUAGAUAAUUCAUUUUAAUGAUGACUUCUUCACCCACGCUUUCUUGAACCAAUUGGAAAUUUUUGAAUCAAAUCGUGCCUUGAAAUAAUUCAAAACAAGUUUAAAUCGAAUUUAGUUGGGAGUAGGUGGCAAAAGUGGAAGUGGUCUCUUUUGGAGUCGUUAUAGUCUGUUCAGAUUUUGAAUGUCAACCAGCUAACUCCGCCCCUGGUGAGACGUUUUUGCCUUUUUGCGUCGAUGUUUUAUCGCGCGGGACUCAUUUUGAUCUUUUUUGAUCUAAAGAUAGAAAAAGAAGUCAAAAAUGCAGUCUUAUUAAAGGGCCAUCGUCAUCUGUAGAUAAAACAUUGACGCGAAAGAUAUUGUAGCCUUGGGGGUGGAGUCAGCUGCUUGACAUUCAAAAUCUGAAUAGACUAUAAAGUGGUCUCUUUUGGGGUUGUUGGAGUCACCUUUUUAAUGUUUUAUUGGCUAGAAAAGGGUAGAAAAAGCUUCGUGAUGUUACUUUUAGUUAUUUUUUUAUUAAGUAGGGGCGUAUACAGCAGUUCUUUUAUGGAAAUCGUCUUUAUUUAUUUGAUCAAAAGUAUCAAAGAACUUCCUUCGAUAGUUCUUCUUGAAAUUCAAUAUCUGAAUCGUUCAGCGCACUUUGUUCAGAGAGAGAUUUUUACAGGUACGCGCGAUUUUCGAAGGCUUCAGCAUCAGCAUCGUGUUCGUCUUGGUCUACGAUGACGAGGAAAGAGCCCGUUGCGCUUGUCUUUAUUUCAGUGAUGCGCCUGGGGGCGAGGAAAUCUUCAAACGGCUCCAGGAAGUGUUCGUUAAAGGCUUUUUUGAAUCUGAAGGAAAGACGGUAGUGAGAAUUGAGUAUAUGUGAUUUUUUAGAAGGUUUUCUCUAAUCUAUAAAUUAUACGAAUAGUUUUACGAAUAGUUGAAUUGAAAUAAAGGUCAUUUGCAAUGCAAAUUUUGCAUAGGAAUUCAUGGAUUAUGGUAGAAAAAAAGGAGUAAAUUCGCGAUUGUGUAACUUUUUGAACGAUUAUAUGAUCAAUACAUUAAUUUUUACUUGUUUCUAUUUCAUAGGGAAAAAUUUUUUUGAUUCUAUUAAAGUUUGCUAUGUUUCAUUUGGUGUAGAAAAAUGUUGAAUUGAAUGCAAAAAAAGCGAUUUUUUUCAGUGAUCCCCGGCCACCGAAAACAAUCGUAACUGAUUGCUCAGCGACUUGGGAGAAAAUCAUUGAGAAAACGUAUGGAGUGGAUUUGGCAAUGGAUAUCGAUUUGCAGGUGAAGAAAAAAGCAUUAAUUUUUAAAGGUCUUUAGAACAGGGACAAAAAAUCCUUUUUUAGGCUCCUAAAAAGAAAAAAUAUUUUUUAAAGUCCUUUCUCUCACCUUUUCGUAAAAAAAAGACGUUUCAUCGGCUUUUUAUUCUUAUUUUUCUGGAACCUAUUUUGACCUUCUCAACACCUUUUAUUUAUUUCAAAAGAACCUUUCCUAUUGAAAAUCAUGAAAAAGCGCUGUUAAGGUCUUUUUAAAGGUGUUUUAUUCAAUGAAAAGCCAUUUUGAAUCCGUUUGGACUUUUUCUGUAACAUUAUGUAUAUACUUUAUUUCAGAUCAGCGAAUUUCACAUGAUGAGCCUGUGGGCCUAUCAAACAGAACGCCGAGUUCAAAACCGACACGAUCAAUAUGCGAUCGUUUGUGCUCUCCGAAGAUGGAUAAGGUAUGAUUUUAGACGAAAAAGAGUAGAAAAAAAGUUUCUUGAAGAAAUUUUCGAACUUUAGAGAAAAUGAGGGUCAAGAUAAACAGAACUUUUCGAAAAACUGCUUCACGGAUAAUUUUGCCGAAGUUUUUGAUUUUUUGAAGAUUUUUGCGGAGUUUUUUGUUUGAAAAUCAUACGUCGGCUGGAUACCCGGGGUGUGCCCUACCCAUCAAAAAGUGCGGCGUGCCCCCCUCAAACGGCGGCCUACUUCAGUACAUUUUCAAAUUUUUUUUUUCGCGCGCUUGAGAUCCAGCCGAUGUAUGGUGAAAAUACUUGAAAAAUGCAUGAAAAAUGCUUUUUUUGGUAUGGAAGAUUCUUGGAGUAAGUUUCUAACGUUAGCGAAAAUGAGGGUAUUCAGAACUUUUCGAAAAAUUGCUUAAAAUUGCGCCUGAAGUGAUCUUCGCGAGUAAAUUUUUGGAAAUUUGCGAUUUUUUGGAUUUUCGCGCAGUUUUUUGUUUAAAAAUGCAUGAAAAAAUGCUUAUUUUGGUAUCAGACACUAAAGAGUUUUAUUUUCCAUCAUGAUAUGUUUUUUUUUUUUCAAAUAUUGGUUUACUCUUUUUUGGGCUUCUCUGGUACUGUUCAGCUAAUUUAGAUACAUCAAAUUAUGAAAAUCAUUUCUAUAGAUCCCAAGGAAUGCCAGCGAAAUUUGAAAAGAGAAGCCUUAACUUUUUUUUUUGUUCUUUGAAACGGAACUCCAUUCGAUCCCAGUUUAUUUCAAAAAUUUUCCCUUUUUCCAGAAUACCCGAUCCGAUGCUUUUCGACAUGUUCGCUGUGCAACUGUUCGAAGCUCUGAAGGAAAUGAAUCUCGAAUCGUUGUUCGCCCUUUUUGAUAAGCAAUUGAGCAACGAGGCUUUCGCGAGGAGGUAAAUACUUAGGAUCUCCAGAGUCGUCCCUAUAGGGGCCACUUUAGGAGCCCUUGGGGAGCCUCCUAUAGGGACCCCUUUAAAAACCCUCAUUGGUGCCACUAACGCUUGAAAAUUGGUCCCAGGAGGGGUUGGUAAAAAAAAAGGACAUGCGGUAAUUUUUAUGAACACUAAGCAAAGAAGCAUUUCCAUGAGAAAAACUGAUAAAAAAGCGUUUUUUGAAUGAAAUUGAAAGACCCCUAUAGGGUCCCCGAAUGACCCUAAAUCCCUAGAAGGGCCACCUCAAUUCGACCACUAUUGGGACCACUUUUCGACCCCUACAUGGGUUGUUUAUCCCUCUAAACCCUAUAGGGACCACUCUGGAAUUUCUUUGCGGAAAAAUGAUGGCCAAGUUUUGAGGCAACGUUAUGAAAUUUUCAGGAUUUUACCGUAGAAAUUUUCUUGAAUUCAAUGAAAAAUGUUUCGAGUUCUUAUUACAAACCGCGAUUUUUCGAAAUUUUACCCGGAAGACGAUUUUUUGUGUCUUGAAUUUGCCCCGAAAUGCUACAUUUGUUGUAUUAACGUGUUUAUAUCCGUUAGAAUGGUUUUGAUUUCGAUGGAAAUGUUUCGAAAAGCAGGAUUUUUAUUAUAGAUUCUUGCUACAGAUUCUACAGAUACAGAUGUUUUUGAAAAUUUUCAAGAAAAAUGUUCAUCAAUCCCCGAAAUUUGCACAAAAAUGCCCUAAUCAUAACGAUUUUCAGCCCUUUUCGUUUGAGCGAUUUUUACAUAUUUUACAGUUGAUAUUAUGGAAAAAAAUAUUUGUUGUUCAAAAAAAUUUCUUGUUAGAUGGAUCCCGGAGAAGCGGAGCGAAAUCACCGAGCACAGCAGUCCCCUCCUCGAAGUUUCCGUGAGGAAUUUCCGGGAACUGUUUCUGGACAACAGUGCGGUCGGACGGUUCGACCAGUACGUCGGGCUGGUUUUCCACAGGAUUCUCGAGUUUAACAGAACCCCGGUGAGUUUUUGGAGGAAGAGGGGAAUGAUGCUCUAUUGAUAAUAUUUAUAAUUUUUGAGCGAUGAAACUCUUGGAUUUCCAAUUGAAAGAAAUCACUAGAGGGGCUGGUUGAGAGAACAAGUGUGGGAAAAAUAUUUAUUUCAAAAAUAAAGAUUGAUUUAUUCGAAAAAUAGAGUGAAGAGUGUUGAGCAUACAUGGGAUGAGCAUGACCUGCGACACCCCCAACUUAAUGACAAGCCCCCUCCAUGCUCAAAGGACAAUUUUUUUAAAUUUAUCAAAUUAAGUACGGACUAAAGUCGUCCAGCGUGCAUCCUGAAAAACUUUUUUUAUGGUUUUGCUAACUCCCCCAUUUUCUCGUUUUUUUCGCCAAGUCUCUCCCAAUUUUUAGGUUUUUAGCUUUGAUGCUUUUUGAGAAAGGAAAAAAAUUGAUCAAAAAUUUGAAAUUUGGAUAUUUUUUUACAGAUCGCCAUUCUGUUUGAUAACUUUAAUGAAUAAAUUAGAUUCACCUGAAUUUGUAAAAUCAAAGAGCAGAAAAAAAGUUCAAGUGGAAUACCAUAGCUACAAGAAAAAAAUGGAUUAAAUUACACAAAAAAAUAAAUAUUAUCAAAAAGUAGUUUUUGUUUGAAAUUUUCAUCAUUUUUUUAAUCUUCCAAAAAGCAGAAAAUUUUUCUAACAAGAAAAAAAAUUAUAUCCAUCGAUACGUGAAUUUUCAUUUCGAAACGUUAUUUUUUUCAAGAAACUGGAACUUUACACGCAGAGGCCGAUCGAUCUGCCGCGAAUCGUACCGUUUCUCUCAAGGUAUUUUCUUCAUAAAAUGCCGAUUUUUAUCAAUUUGAUGGUCAUUUUCCAGUUCUGAACCUCGAGAUUCAUCGCCACUACCCGCAGAACAAGAAGAAGUGGAUCCCGAACAGGCUGAAGAGCCACUUGGGGUUGGUUUUUUUCUAGGAUUUAGCAUGGAAUUGAAGAUUAUGAUAGUUUAUUGCUAUUUUUCCAGGAAAAGAGUCUCAGAGAACUCCCACACGAUCCGGCUUUCGGCUACGAACAUGAGCACUUGGUUUGUUUCAUUUUUGUUGAUUUUUCAAUAAAGUAAAGAUUUUCAUCUAAGCUCUUGAGCAUACAUGGAAAAACUUCUGACACCUUUUUAGAACUCAAAAAGGAGCUUUAGCCUCUUUUUUUUGGCCUUUUUGAGGUCGUUUGGACUUUGUUUGGGCAUAUGAGCAACCAUUUUUCAAAGGCCUUCGACCCCUCUUUCCAAGUGUUCCUUAAAGCUAUUACUACCUCCCUGUGGCUAAAACUUGUAUUUUAGGCCAAAACUACCUCCCUGGAGUUGGAACUCGAUUUUUUUUUUAAAUUUUUCAAGAUUCUUGUAAGCCAGUCUUUCCUUCUGCGCCGAAUCAGUUCUGUACUUGCCCACCUAUGCUAUUGAAGAUUAGAAGGCUACUAAAAUUUCGGAUUUUUAUAGAAUUUCAAAUUUUUCAAUGGAAUAUAGCACAUUUUUCAUUACAACUAUUGCGGAAUGAAAGGUCACUACAGAUUUUUUAUAGAGUUUGAAAUUUUCGAGAUAGAAUUAAUUGAAAAUUUCCCGCCUUUAAGGAAGGCUACUCUUAUGGGAUCAAUUUGAAGUUAUUUUAAGAGGUUUUUCCGAAAAAUUACGAAAAAAAUAUUAAUAACUGUUCUUUUUUUAGUUGAGAAUUAUUUUUUUGUUCACAAAUUCAUUUCGAAAAACACUUGUCAAAGUCUCUAGAAACGCAAGGCAAGGUCUGAAAAAAUUUCUGGGGCUUCAAAAGCACGGAAAGUUGUGUACUAUAUUUUUUAUUCAUUUGCCCAACUCUCUUAGAAACCUCAGGGUCGGUUUUUUUAUGAAAUUCGUUUUUUUCUAUGUUUAAUUGAGGUUUCCGGAUUUUUUUCGCUUUUUGAAUAGUUUUAAAUUUUUUUCAAUGUUUUGGAUCUAUUUGAAAUAAUUAAAUUAGUUCUUUUGGCACACAGUCAUUAGUGUAUUUCCUAGUCGUUGCAGAACCCCGAAGUCGAGAUGGAAGAGGGCAUUCAGCCGCUGAUGGUCGACGGAUCGCUGAAAUUGGCCAAGGAGGAGGCGAUCGACGAGGACGACGAGUUCGUCCUCGUGGAGGUCGACGAACAUCAUGAAACGACGCCUGAAAUGAACGUCGACAUGACGCCAAACGAACAGCUCGGCGCCUUCUUCUGCGCCGAAGCCUUCGAAAUCCCCAUCGAAGACAUGGAAUGCGAUGAGAUCAUCCUUGAAGCGGCCCCCGAGUAG